AUGGGUCCAGAGCUUCCUCCGUUGUUGAAAGACUCCAGAAGCAAGACUCAGGCCUCCUAUAGACGGCUGGGAAACAGUGGGCUCUGGGUCUCAGUCCCUAUUCUCGGUGGCAUGAGUAUAGGUUCUUCAGAGUUUGGAUCAUGGAUUCUCGAGGAAGACAAGGCACUUCCCUUGUUGAAGGCCGCAUUCGACCGUGGAAUCAAUACUUGGGACACCUCGAACAACUACUCUAACGGCAAGUCGGAAGAGAUUAUCGGCAAGGCCAUCAAGCAUUACAAUCUUCCUCGACAUAAGCUUGUCAUUCUCACGAAAUGCUGGGCGCCGGUUGGCGAGCACGAAAAUGUAUACGUUGUCCCAUUCGCCGAGGAAAUGUGGAAAGACAAGGAAUACGUUAAUCAAUUUGGCCUUUCUCGUCAAGCGAUUUUCAACUCGGUGGAUGCAUCCCUACGACGACUUGGCGUGGAUUACAUCGACAUCUUCCAAAUCCACCGAUUCGACCCGUAUACCCCUAUUGAAGAAACAAUGGAGGCACUCCAUGAUCUCGUUCGAAGCGGCAAAGUUCGCUACAUCGGAGCCAGUUCGAUGAGAACCUACCAAUUCACGAUGAUGCAGUUUUGUGCCGAGAAGCACGGCUGGACCAAGUUCAUCUCUAUGCAGAAUCAGUACAGUCUCUCGUAUCGAGAGGAGGAGCGAGAGAUGAAUCGCUUCUGUAAUGAGACUGGCGUCGGUUUGAUCCCGUGGAGCCCACUUGAUGCUGGUCGACUUGCACGGCCUCUACAGCUGGUCGGGGCAACUGAUCGUCUAGGGACAACCGUUCCUAGUGAUAUUCCGCAUGCAGAUGCAACAAUCAUAAAUCGAGUGGAGGAGGUAGCCAAGAAGAGGAAUUGGACUAUGAGCCAGGUAGCACUGGCUUGGGUGAACCGCCGUGUCGCAAGUCCCAUUGUUGGCUUUAGCUCGGUGGAAAGGAUUGAUGAAGCUCUAGGAUGUGGAAAUAGGAGUUUGACGCUUGAGGAGGAAGCUUAUCUGGAAGAUCCAUAUGUACCCAAGGAGAUUAGUGGUCAUGAUUAA